GUUUCAUAUGUAAACUCGUCGCUCGCUACUGCUGCUUCACCACAUCUCUUCACACCUCGAGCGCGAUCCGACCCUCCUCGCUGCGGAGCCGCAAUUUCAAAGUUCGCUUUCUCACGAUUGGGAUUUGAACGAAAUAAUAACUAUUUCGGAAAGAACCGCUCCUUCACCGCCGCAGCUCGACCCUGUACCAUUUCUCGAAAAAGACGCAAUUGAAGUGUAGUCAAUUCAGCAAACAACGGAGUCCACAAGAGAAGAGAUUGAUUGAGAAGAGUAUCAAACCGAAACAAAAUGAUGCCUCCAGAAUCCCAUGAAGACGUCCUCACAAAUCCCAUUACCACCAGCGAAAACACUACCCUCAAGGAUGAUUCAAUCGUCACUAGUACUACCACCACUCCCUCUCCUCCGCCCCGGCCCGACCAAGACCUCCCCAUUCACCUCGACACCACCUCCCUCCCAGCCACCUUCCUCUCGACCUGGACCGCCAACCCCGAUCCCACCGCCCUACCCUUCCCGCGCUCCUCCCCACCCUUUCCCCUCACGCCCAUCGACUGGCAGCAACUCGCCCUCCCCGACUCGCAAUUCACCCCGCACACGUGGUCGAACCUGCAGCACCUCAUCAGCACGGGGCAACUCGACGAACUCAAGCGGUGGCCCUCGCGCCUAAAAGCCUACCUAGCCUGGUACGCGCACGUCAAAUCCCUCUACGGCUCCAUCACCAACUACAUUCUCUCGCAGCGCCUGGGCUGGCACCCUUCCCCCGAAGCCGAGAAGGAAGGACGCCUCGUGUUCGACACGCAGGGCCGCACGGCGCCGUUCGCGGAUCGCCGCGACUUCGCCAUCCUCAGGAAUGACUGGGGGUAUGCGGUCGAUCCGGAGAGUAUCCUGCAUGUGGUUGUGUGGUCGAAGAUUCGGCUUCCUAUUCAUGCUACGACCGGGGGGUUGACGGAUGAGGGCGCGGGGAUUGUGGAGGCGUUUGUGAGGAGGGAGUUUAGGGAGAGGGUUGGGGAGGGGGAGGGGAGGGAGGGGGAGAGGGUGCUGUGGUUUCGGAAUCCGACGAAUUUGCAGAGUGUGAGGAGUUUGGAGCAUGUGCAUGUUUUGAUUAGGGGCGUGACGGAGGAGGAGGCGGAGAGGUGGGGGUGGUUGGGUUGACGGGUGCUGGUGGAUUGGGAGUAGGACUGGAAAUGGGAAGGGCGGUUGGUGGGAGGUGGAGGGAAGAGGGAGGAGGGAAUUGGAACAUGGAAUGUCAGGGAAGGAGAGUAUCGAGGAACUAAGUAUGGAAAUGGUUUUCUAUUGUAUGAAGGGGUUUCGGUUGCGGUAAUAUCAACAGGGAGACCGCAUCGUGUAAGUAAUCGCGCAUAGAGUUGCAACCCUUCAAAUGAUAGAUCAAAGAAUGGUAGGCUCAAUUUCUCUGUCUUUUCUGCUCCCAUCUAUCUGUAUCUUGCAUGUUGUGC